AUCGAAUAAAACCGCACCGGUUUCCCAUUCUUUCCCUUUCUCUCUCCGGCAAUCGAAGAAUUUUUGGGAGAGAGAAAAAAAAUUAAAACCCAAAAUUCUGUGUAAAGGUUUUCGAUACAGGAAAUUCACUUCUUCACAAUGAUAAUUCUUUAGGGUUUUUGAGGUCUCAGUUCUGUUAAUUCUCCAUGGAAAUGCCCGGUAGAAGAUCCAACUAUACUCUCCUCAGUCAAUAUCCUGAAGAUCAAUUUUCCGGCGGCGGCGGAACGCCGGCUCCGUAUUCUGAGUCGCUUUCCGGAGAGUCCAAAAACAAUAAACCGAAGGUUGAGAGAGGAUUCGAUUGGGACUCCAGUGGCGAUCAUCGAGUGAAUCAGCAGGGGAAUCGGAACCUCUACUCAUCGAUCGGGUUGCAGAGGCAAUCAAGUGGAAGCAGCUUUGGGGAAAGUUCGCUCUCAGGAGAUUACUACGUCCCGACCACACUGUCUACUUCAGCGACUAAUGAGAUCGAUGGGUACGGUUACAUGCAUGAAGACGCGUUCAGGGUUGGAGCCGUCGGGGACUUGAGGGUGAAAUCUUUGCCAGAGGCGGUUGCGGGGACGGGAGGAUCAUCCUCAGGGAAAAGCUGGGCUCAGCAGACGGAGGAGAGUUACCAGCUACAGUUGGCGUUGGCGUUGAGGCUCUCUUCAGAUGCCACCUGCGCCGAUGAUCCUAAUUUUUUGGAUCCUGUGGCUGAUGAGUCCGCCUUGCGAUCCUUGUCUUUGAGCUCAGCCGAAGCUGUCUCUCAUCGGUUUUGGGUGAAUGGUUGUUUGUCAUACUUUGAUAAAAUUCCUGAUGGAUUUUACCUUAUACAUGGGAUGGAUCCAUAUGUGUGGACUGUUUGUACUGACUUGCAAGAGAAUGGUCGUAUUCCAUCACUUGAAUCACUAAAGUCUGUUGAUCCUAGAAUGGAUCCUUCAAUUGAGGUGGUUUUGAUUGAUCGCCAUACAGACUCAAGCUUGAAGGAACUCGAAACUAGGGUCCUUAGCAUUUCUUGUAACUGCGUAACCACCCAAGAGGUUGCUGAUCAACUGGCAAAACUUGUCUGCAACCGUAUGGGGGGUUCAGCUACCACAGGAGAAGAUGACUUCAAUUCCAUCUGGAGAGAGAGCAGUGAUGAUAUAAAAGAUUGCCUAGGAUCAGUUGUUCUUCCUUUAGGUAGCCUGUCUGUUGGGCUCUGCAGGCAUCGAGCUUUAUUAUUUAAAGUCCUUGCUGAUACAAUUGACUUGCCAUGUCGAAUUGCGAAGGGCUGCAAAUAUUGUAAACGCGAUCAUGCUUCCUCUUGUCUUGUUCGGUUUGGGCUUGACAGGGAGUAUCUUGUUGAUUUAAUAGGAAAGCCAGGUCACUUGUGGGAGCCUGAUUCCUUGCUCAAUGGUCCAUCUUCCAUCUCAAUCUCUUCGCCAUUGCGCUUUCCACGACCCAAAUCCGCUGAACCUACCAUUGAUUUCAGACUACUGGCCAGAACAUAUUUCUCAGAUUGCCAGUCACUUAACCUUGUAUUUGAUGAAGCAUCAGCAGCAGCAGGUACUGUUCUAAAUCAAGAAGAUCCUGGAUUCUCUUUGUAUCCUAAGCAGUAUGAUAAGAUGGGAAGAGACCGAAAUAACAAUGUUCAAAUCCCAAGCAACAGCGAUGAAAUUCCCAGGUUACCCCCACAGGUGAGAGUUGGUCUGCCAGGUGACCAAGUUGGAGAUUCCCGACUCUUGAACUCGAAGGACAUGAUUAAAGAUUUCCCUUUAAACCCUAUCCAUGGUCCACCAAUUUUAACAUCAUCUGAUCAGAGAGUAGAUGCUGCUAAAGAUUUCAGGUUUUCUGAAGAAAUUUCCCUUGAUGUGGAAGAUUUGGAUAUCCCUUGGAGUGAUCUUGUUGUGAAAGAGAGAAUUGGAGCAGGUUCUUUUGGAACUGUUCAUCGUGCCGAUUGGCAUGGCUCGGAAGUUGCUGUGAAAAUUCUCAUGGAACAAGACUUACAUGCGGAACGCUUCAAGGAAUUCUUAAGGGAGGUUGCAAUUAUGAAACGCCUAAGGCAUCCAAAUAUUGUUCUCUUUAUGGGUGCGGUUACUCAGCCUCCAAACUUAUCAAUUGUGACAGAAUAUUUAUCAAGAGGUAGCUUGUAUCGGCUCUUGCACAAAUCUGGUGCAAGAGAGGUGUUAGAUGAAAGACGUAGGUUGAGCAUGGCCUAUGAUGUGGCAAAAGGCCUGAAUUAUCUUCACAGACGCAAUCCCCCCAUUGUUCAUAGAGAUUUGAAAUCUCCGAAUCUUUUGGUCGACAAAAAAUAUACAGUGAAGGUUUGCGAUUUUGGUCUUUCUCGCUUGAAGGCAAACACAUUUCUUUCGUCUAAGUCAGCGGCAGGGACUCCUGAGUGGAUGGCACCAGAAGUUCUCCGUGAUGAACCAUCUAAUGAAAAGUCAGAUGUAUACAGCUUUGGUGUGAUAUUGUGGGAGCUUGCAACACUGCAACAACCCUGGGCUAAUUUAAAUCCAGCGCAGGUUGUAGCAGCAGUUGGUUUCAAGGGAAAGAGACCUGAGAUUCCGCGCAAUUUGAACCCUCAAGUCACUGCCAUUAUUGAGGCCUGCUGGGCUAAUGAGCCAUGGAAACGUCCUUCCUUUGCCAGUAUCAUGGAAUCUUUAAGACCAUUAAUUAAACCUCCUACGCCUCAGCCAGGUCGUGCGGACAUGCCUUUGCUUGCUUGAAGGGUUGGAACGACAUAGGAGUCUUCUUUAUGCACAUAAUACAACAUUCUUUUGAGACUGGAUAUCUGGAAGUGAUAUUCACUGUCUCAAUAAUCUCAGAAUCGUUGUUGUACAUUUCUGUCCUCGUUUCCAGUUGAGAGUUUUGUUUUUCUUUUGUCAGAACAAACCAAGGAACUGCUUUCAUAUUUGCAUUGCUUUGCCUGCUUCCCACGAAAUAUUGCACCCAGGUAAUCUUUCAAAUGUCAUUAUGGGAAUGCUGUAUAAAAUUCUUCUUCCAUAGUCUUAUAAGUAAAAUUUUUAACAACAUAGAUUAAUGAGAAGUAGCUUCCCCGGCUGUUCACAACUUAGCUUGGUUUUGUAACCAAUUUACAGCAUUGUAUUAAUUGUGAUAGCUAAUCAUUAGUGAAAAGCUUCUGAAUUCACCCCCAGGCCCCAAGCAUUCCAUAAUCACUACUCACUAGAGAUUUCUUGCA